GACAAUAUCUCAACGUGCAAGGAGCACACCAAAGCAAGGGCUUCGAUCAUCCUUCUCUCAUUCCCCAUCUUCUUCUUCAUGAUUUGCCAAGAAAACUCAACCUUCAAAAACACUCAGUUCAGGCUGUUGGUUGAUUUGUUCUAUCAAUGGAGAAGCUUAACAUUGUUGGAGUGAAGAAGGGGAGUGGAGUAAAGAAGGAGAUAUUAGGCGAAGGUGUGAUCCUGAUGAGUUCAAUUAAUUUUGAUGCUUGAACAUUUCGAUUUUGGAUUGGAUUGGGAAUAUUACACUUUCUCAGAAGAUUUUUACGAUAGAGAAUUUGGGGGAAAUGGCUUAAAUCUAUUAGAAAUGCGUGAACCUAGCUAGUAUAUUGACAGUUUGACACUGACAAGCUCAUCUACGAGAUCUUUCGAUUUUUGAGAGCAAGUUUCUCAUUGGGUACGAUGAUCAGAGGCUAUGGGCUCCCAAGCUAUGGUAUUGUUCUUGCUAUGUUUCAAGAUUUUCUACUUUGGAUCCCAAAGCUCAACACGGUCAAGUUUUUGGAUUUUUGGUAUUCAAGCUUGAACAAAAUAAAGAUAAAGAUUAAGGAAUGUAUUGGACAAAGGGUAUGGAUGAAGAAGAGAAAGAUAAAGUACUUAGUUUGCUGGUACCAAGAGUGGUCAGAUAUUAAGCUAGCUUUCUCUGAUGGAGCUUCUCCUGCUAAUCCAACUUUCAUUCGUUGGUGUGCUAUCUUCCAUGAAACAUGGAGAUCCAGUAGUCUAUUUAUGUUAUGGUGGAAACAGACUUUUCUCAGCUUCUUUAGACCUGAAUCAAGGUGUCGGUUCACAAUUUACAACGUGUGGCUACUUCGAAAGGCCAUUCAGGUUUUCAUUGAGGUUUAUCUUACCACCACUAUGGUACUAUGCUACAUUCUUUAUUCUGAAAAUGGUUACCUUAAAAGAUGCUAGGAAAGACCUAGACUUGCAACAUCAGUCAUUACAGUAAGUUAACAACACAGACCAAAAUAGUUACCGCUGUUUAGUUGGUUGUUUUGUCUAUGAUGUUUUGUUUCAAUAUAUUGGUAUUGGUUCAUGUGCUAUUCGAGUAAAAGAGGGAAAGUUUCUCUAUUGUGUAUCUUCCUGUUAAAGAUCAUGUAUACAUAUAUAAUAGUUUUGUAUCAAGAAGAUAUAUUAAAUUUAUAAAAUGGUUUGGUAUGGCCUGCGAUUCUCUGUUUGAUCUUCUCCAUAAGGCUAUUGUAAAUUGAUUCUUUCUCAGACAUAAUCAACUUCCUACUAUUGCAAUAGUGAGAUCAUAUGACACAUUUGGGGCGUCUCCGGUAUGUAACUAUAUGAGAUUUGAUUAAUAAAAUUCACUUCUAUGCAUUUUACCAAGGUGUGAGAAUUUUUUUUCUUUGUCAGUUGGGAAGUGAUAGCAUUGGAAGUGGCCCUAUUGCACUUCUUGAGAUUGGUAGGUUGUUCUAUAUUCUUUACUUACAUCCCAAUACAAGAGGAAGUAAUCUCUUGCUGUCAAAUAGUGUUGAUCAACGUCUUUGUGAGAGUGUUGACUAUGCUAUUUGCUUGAACAUUGUUGGCUCAUGGGAUGAUGAAUUGUGGAUUCAUGUUUCGGAGUGUUACAAGGUUUUUUCAGAAACUUAUUAGAGUUAGUCACACAUUCUAAAUGUAUAGAAAUAAAUUGUUAUAUAAAUGGGUUACUCUUCUAAUUGCUAAUUAAUUUUGAUGAGAUGGAAUCACAUUCA